CAUUCACUCUCUGCAAAAUUGGAUCUUCACUUCAUCACAUCCUCUGCAUUCCCUCCCUUUAGAUCGAUCGAUCCGCGCAAUUGGAUUGGAUUGGAUUGGCAUCCGCAGAGAAUUGCGCUCCUCUCCGAUCCGAUCCACGCAGUCGCAAUUGCAAUUGCAAUUGCAAUUGGAGGGAGCCGUCCGUCCUGGAUCGCCGGCCGGCCAUUGCUCAACUGGAUCCGCCCCAGCAGAGCAGAGCAGAGCAGUUUCAGCAGGCAGGGAGGCGGCAUCAGGCCGGUGAAGCAGUAUGAUGAUGGGGACCGAUGUGUGUUCUUCGCGGAUGCUGUCGCUGCCCCGUUACGAGAGCGGCGACGAGGAGCUCACCGUGCUGCCCAGGCACACCAAGGUUGUCGUCACCGGUAACAACCGAACAAAGUCCGUGCUGGUCGGCCUGCAGGGUGUGGUCAAGAAGGCUGUUGGCCUUGGAGGAUGGCACUGGCUGGUUCUCAAGAAUGGUGUGGAGGUGAAGUUGCAGAGGAAUGCCCUCAGUGUCUUGGAAGCUCCGACUGGCAACGAGGACGAUGAUGAGAUCGACGGCGGUAACAACUCGUUCUGCGGCAGCUUUCACAUGGGAGACAAAGACAUGAACUACUCAAGCAUCGAGUACCAGAAGCCAACAAAGCCAAGGGUCCGGCACACAAGGCCAUGGUCUUCCUGCACGACGACGUCCAGCAGCCGGGCCAACAACCUUCACUCGACUUCGAAGCUGCGAGCGAGAGUGAACCUGACAAAGCUUGGAACACCCACACUAUGGAGAUACUGGAAGCACUUCAACCUUGGUGGUGAAAAAUGUGUGCAGGUGAGCAUGAACCCGACUCCAUCAGAGGAGCAGCUGUUCCAUGGGGUCCAGCAGCAUUUCCAGUCCCAGCAAUUGGAUGAGUUGCAGGUGAUCUUGGGGUUCAUCCAGACGGCAAAGAGGCUCAAGACCCUGUACAAGAACAACUAGCCCAGCCCUCCUUCCUCAGAUGCAUACAUACAUAUGCUUCACCUUCACCAGUGGUUUCAGUUGCUUGCUGUUAGUAGAGAGAGAGAGAGAGGUUAGAUGAUGCAUCAUGUGGUUAAGUAAGUAAGUUAUUAAUGUUAGUCUCCUCCUUGGGAAUGAAGCAAGUUGUGAACAGAGAGGGAUUUGUACUGGCACAUUUGAUCAGUACAAAUUCUUCAGUAGCUUCUUCUUCUUCCUCUUCUUCUUCUUCUUCUUCUUACUCCUUGUAAUGAUGAGAGAGAGAGAGCGCGCUCAAAAAUGAUGGAUGCUGAAUCAUGUAACCCCUUGCUGCUGCUGCUGCUGCUGCUGUUUGUUAUAACUGACCACCAAACCAAACCAAUCUCAGUUAUUUGGAGAGAUACUAAAUACUAGCAAGUAUUAUACUAAUUAGUUAAUGUGAAGAAGGUACUCUAUGGAUGGAUGGAUGAAUGAAUGAAUUAUAUAUAUAUGCCUCCUUUUUA